GUGAGCAAGCGGACUCCGGUGCUUAUGCGGGGGUGGGAGCAUUGCUCUAGGGUUAUCUCCCUGGAAGUACAGUCUGUUCUCUGCCCCGGCUCCGGAAGCCAAGGGUGGCUUUGACAAGGCAGGAAGCCCCAGGCUGCAGCCAAGAAGUGGAGUCUGACCCUGGCAGCAUGUCCUGGCUGCUGCUGUGUCCGCUGGUGCUGGGUCUCAGCCUGACACAGGGCACCCAGACCCCUAGCGUCUAUGAUGAUGGAGAAAGUACCGGGGGAGGCCAUGAAGGCACUGUGGGUCCCACAGCUGGACUCAAGGAGUCGAAGUCCCCAGGCCAGCUUCACCCACGAGGCUUCCCAGGCAAGUUCUGUGCCAACGACAGCGACACGCUGGAGCUUCCUGCCAGCUCUCAAGCGCUGCUGCUGGGGUGGGUCCCCACGAGGCUGGUGCCUGCCCUCUAUGGGCUGGUGGUGGCCGUGGGGCUGCCGGCCAAUGGACUGGCGCUGUGGGUGCUGGCCACACGGGUGCCCCGCCUGCCAUCUACCAUCCUGCUCAUGAACCUCGCUGUUGCAGACCUGCUGCUGGCCCUGGUGCUGCCACCACGCCUGGUCUACCACCUGCGUGGCCAGCACUGGCCCUCUGGGGAGGCUGCCUGCCGGAUGGCCACAGCUGCCCUCUAUGGCCAUAUGUAUAGCUCAGUGUUGCUGCUGGCCGCAGUCAGCCUGGACCGGUACCUGGCCCUGGUGCAUCCUCUGCGAGCUCGUGUGCUGCGUGGUCGGCGCCUGACCACUGGGCUUUGCUUGGUGGCCUGGCUCUCCGCAGCCACCCUGGCCCUGCCUCUCACUCUGCAGCGGCAGACCUUCCGGCUGGCCGGCUCUGAUCGCAUGCUGUGCCAUGAUGCUCUGCCCUUGGCUGAGCAGACCUCCCACUGGGGACCGGCCUUCACCUGCCUGGCCGUGCUGGGCUGCUUUCUGCCAUUGCUGGUUAUGGGCCUGUGCUACGGGGCCACCCUGCAUGCACUGGUGGCCGUGGCCAGUGGCCAGCGCUACGGCCAUGCACUCAGACUGACGGCCCUGGUGCUGGCCUCAGCAGUGGCCUCUUUCACACCCAGCAACGUGCUGCUGGUACUGCACUAUUCAAACCCAAGUCCUGAGGCAUGGGGCGAUCUCUAUGGAGCCUAUGUGCCCAGCCUGGCACUCAGCACUCUCAACAGCUGCGUGGACCCUUUCAUCUACUACUAUGUGUCCCACGAGUUCAGGGACAAGGUACGGGCCAUGUUGUGUCGCCAGCCAGAGACCAGCAGCUCCUCCCAGGCCUCCAGAGACUCUGGACGCCGAGGGACUGCCAUUUGUUCCUCUACACUUCUGUGACAGGCGGCUGAGGCGGGGUCUGGAUCCCCUCUUAAGCUACACUCUUCUGAACCCUGAGGACAUGACCUUAUAUGGAAAUGCAAUUGGUAAAACCGUCAUUAGUGGAGCUGAGGUUCACAGAAGGGUGGUGGCCGAUGCCCUUGUAGAAGAGGAGCCGUGGGCCCCAGUGCCGCACACCUGUCACCCUGGCACUAGGGGGGCCGAGGGAAGAGGUUAUCUUUGACUACAUAGUGAAUUCAGAACUAGCCUGGGCUAUGUAAAACUCUGUUCUUAAAAAAAAAUACAGGGGCCAGGCAGUGAUUGCGCACACCUUUAAUCCCAGCACUCGGGAGGCAGAGGCAGGCGGAUCUCUGUGAAUUUGAGACCAACCUGGUCUACAAGAGCAAGUUCUAGGACAGGUUCCAAAGCUACAGAGAAACCCUGUCUCGAAAAAAAAAAAAUACAGUGACAGAGCACAAGAAUGUGUGACUACAGAGGCAGACAAGAGAGACGAGGCCACACAUCAAGGGAUGCUGAGGGUGCCUAGGGUCACCAAAGAGCAGAAGUGAGACCGUUUCUGCCUCAAAGCCUCAGAGGAACCCAGCCCGGGACACACUGAUCUUGUCAAGGGGUCUCUCAGAAUCGUGAGCUGAUCAACUUUAAACCUUUGUGCUUUGUGCGUGUGUCUUUAUGGUGUGUGUGUGUGUGUGUGUGUAGGUGUGUGUAUAGGUAUGUGUGUAGGCGUGUGUAGGUGUGUGUGUGUAGGCGUGUGUGUAGGCAUGUGUAGGUGUGUGUGUGUAGGUGUGUGUGUAGGCAUGUGUGUAGGUGUGUGUAGGUGUGUGUGUGUAGCGUGUGUGUAGGCAUGUGUAUGUAGGUGUGUGUGUAGGUGUGUGUGUGUGUGUAGGCGUGUGUGUAGGCAUGUGUGUGUAGGUGUGUGUGUGUAUGUGUGUGUAGGUGUGUGCGUAUGUGUGUGUAUGUGUGUGUGUAGGCGUGUGUGUGUAUGUGUGUGUGUGUGUGUGUGCAUGAGCCCGUGGCUGCACCAGGGGGGGCAGAGAUGACAGGUGCAGGUGCCUUACUCAAGUUCUUCUCUACCUUUAAGUUUUUAAAAAAUUAUUUUACGGUCAUGUGGUGGAGACACACGCCUUCAAUCCCAGCACUUGGGAGGUAGAGGCAGGCGGAUCUUGGAGCACAAAGCCUGUCUGGUCUACAGAGUGAGUUUCAGGUCAGCCGGGGCUACACAGAGAAACCCUGUCUUGAAAAAAACCAAAACUACUUAUUUUAUGUGUGCCUGUGUUCUGCCUGUAUAUAAGUUUGUGCACUGCAUGUGCCUGGUGCCGACUAGGUCGUAAGAGGGUCCCCUGGACUGGAGUCACAGAUGGUUGUGAGCUAUCACGUGGGUCUUCGACAAGAGCAACCAAUUCUCAACUGCCAAGCCGUCUCCACAGCCUCCACCUUAAUCUGUGAGAUUGGUCUCUCGUGAAUCUGAAACUCGUUGCCUAUGGCAAGGUUGGCCCACCAGGAACUCCCAGAAUCUACUGUCUCUGUGCACAGCUCCUGGCUUUUACGCAGGUUCUGGGGAUCCAGACUCAGUCCCCAUGCAGGCACAGCAAGCGCUAACCCCUGAGCUAUCUUGCCUGCCCUCUGUGUGUACUCUUUAAAAGCCGCCCAGGUCAUUCAUUCAUUCAUUCAUUCAUUCAUUCAUUCAUUCUGCUAUGCUUGUCCUAAGAUGUUGUAAGGGGUGAAUGAAGAUUCCUUGGCCCAUCUGGUUCCUCAGCUCUGCUCUUGGUGUCCCUGCGCUUAACAAGGUCCCUCAGGGGCUGGUGAGAGGGCUGCCAAGGGCUGGAGAGAUGGCUCAGAGGUUAAGAGCACUGUCUGCUCUUCCAGAGGUCCUGAGUUCAAUUCCCAGCAACCACAUGGUGGCUCCAAACCAUCUGUAAAGAGAUCUGGCGCCCUCCUCUGGUGUGUGGGUAUAAAUGG